AUGGAUGAAUACGACGAGGAUCCGGGGCGCAGAGCGAGCAAACUGAUGGAAACCCUCUCAAUAUAUGACGUUUAUCAAGAUGGGAUGUACGGAGAACCGAACCCCGAUAUGGAGAAAACUAAGCGAAUGAAUGGCAGCUCUUCUACGCCCGGGAACAAAGUCUACAGCGCGGCUCCCGUGCGCUCCGUCAACGGAAACCGAGCCUCAGUGCCUCUGGAUUUCUGCUCUCCGCAGAGGGAAGCGGUUUAUCCAGAUCCCGAUGUGUACUGCACCAAAUCCGAAGUUGCCUUGCCGUGUUACAGCGGCGCGUCGGACCGUCUCAGGAGAUACACGCACGCGGAGGUGCAGGGACACCGGUACAGCACCGGCUGCGCGUAUGACGGGCUCGUUUUGGGGAAACAGGUGGCCGUUUCGGGCGCGAGGAGCAACAGCCUGUGUAUGAGCAGCCCUGACGGCAGAUACACGGCCACAAGCCCUCGCUCCAGCCUGGCUUCAUCGCACUCAUCGCAGGAUCAGAGCAAACACACGAGCCCGAGGUCGAGCAUCAGCAGCCCGCGUUCCAGCCUGGUGUCUCCCGGACAGGGCGAGGGGACCAGCGUGAUCAGCCCGCGCUCGAGCUACGCCAGCACGGCCAGCGACACCAGCAAACACUCCAGCCCCAGAACCAGCCUCAACAGCUAUGACUGCGGCAGCAAACCGAGCAGCAACCGAACCAGCGGAAUCAGCAUGGGCUACGACCAGCGGCACAUCAGCCCGAGGUCGAGCACCACCAGCCCGCGCUCCAGCUACUCCGACUCGCGCUUCACGCCGGCCGGGGGCCAUGACCCAGAGAGCGCCGCGGUGCACGGCAUCCCCAUGGCCAGCCCUCGGUCCAGCAUUUGCAGCCAACCCGCGGUGGCGGCUAACUGCGUGGUCAGUCCCCGCUCCAGCAUCUCCAGCCACAGCUCCAGGAGCUCGCGAAGCUCCAGGGGAUCCAUGAGCGCGUAUCCCGAGCUCCAGCUGCCCAUGCUGGGACCCGGUUUGCCAGAGGACGCGCUGCUGCAGGACUUCACCGAGCCAAACGGCCUUCAUAACAACCGCGUCCACCUGCAGACGUUCCCCGUGCUGGAGGAGCCUCAGCAGCAGAAUUCAGAAGUCAACAUUGGGUUUAACUACUGCAAGGCGGGCGCCGGGGGACAGCGCUUCAAGCUGCCGUACCAGGUCACUCCAUCUCGGGACAGCGGCCCCAGUCAGGCGGAGCGGCGCCUGGAGGCCCUCACCUUGGAGUUGGAGAAAGAGCUCGAGAUACACAUGAAAAAGGAAUAUUUUGGUAUCUGUGUAAAGUGUGGUAAAGGUGUUUAUGGAGCGAGUCAAGCAUGUCAGGCGAUGGGGAACCUGUAUCAUACAAACUGCUUCACCUGCUGCUCAUGCGGACGGAGGCUACGAGGAAAGGCUUUCUAUAAUGUUAAUGGAAAAGUGUACUGUGAAGAAGACUUCCUGUACUCCGGCUUCCAGCAGACGGCUGAGAAAUGCUUUGUGUGUGGACACCUCAUCAUGGAGAUGAUCCUGCAGGCUCUGGGCAGGUCGUAUCACCCUGGUUGUUUCCGCUGUGUGAUCUGCAAGGAGGGUCUGGACGGAGUUCCUUUCACUGUGGACGUGGAGAACAACAUCUACUGUGUGAAAGACUACCACACGGUUUUUGCUCCUAAAUGUGCCUCGUGUAAUCAGCCCAUCCUGCCAGCACAGGGUUCAGAGGAGACCAUACGGGUGGUGUCUAUGGAUAAAGAUUACCAUGUAGAUUGCUAUCACUGUGAGGAUUGUGGUCUGCAGCUGAAUGAUGAAGAGGGCCAUCGCUGUUACCCGCUGGAGGGGCAUUUGCUGUGCCACCGAUGCCACCUGCACCGGUUAAAAACCCCGCUAGCACCACACCCCCCGCCCAGCUACCCGCUGCACGUCACUGAACUGUGA